AUGGAUGGACCAAGCCGCCUUCAUAGGACUACCGUUGAGCAUGGUGAAACCUCACAUCCAGUUGGGCUCACUACCACCGCGGACUUUGGCCCAAUCUUGGAGCAACUUCAACCAUUCCCUCCAUUGCCUCCAUGCUCGACGCAUGUUCCCACAUACACGUCCAAUGAAACCCUAGCCCGUCAUCAACGUGACCGACUAGCCAUACGUGCAGAAGACGUUGAGAAGCUUGUGAAUAACCAACUUCAAGACUUAAAGAUUGGCGGAAAUUUCAAAGAUGCACUACGCAUUGAGGUAGACCGAGCAAAGUCCUCACCUUUCACUGCCAAAAUCGAGCAGGCUGUUCCCUCGAAACGAUUCUCAACGCCUUUUUUCACAUGCUUCAAAGGCGAUUCAGACCCCGGAAGCCAUCUGAAGCAUUUCAAGAGCCUUAUGAUCCUCUACAAAGCCGAAGACGUGCUAAUGUGCAAAGUGUUUGCAAUGAUUUUGCGAGGAGCAGCUCAGGAUUGGUUCCAUACCCUGCUAUCCGGGUCGAUCAACAGCUUCAAGGAGCUUACUUACGUCUUUACUAAAGAAUACACUUCUUAUCGGAUGAUCAAGAAGAACCCUGACCAUCUGUUUAAUCUGCGUAAGAAGCCCGAGGAAUCCCUUCGAGAUUACAUCAAGAGGUUCAAAGCAAGAAAGGCCAACAUCGUAGGGUGUGAUGACCAAAUCGCAUCCUCUGCAUUCAAGAAAAGUCUUCCAGCAGAACAUGACUUCUAUCGCGAGCUAACUAUCACUCCCAGCCAGACUCUGGCAGAGAUCUUCACGACCGCAGAACACUACGCACUCUGGGAUGACGAUCGAAUUGCAGCGAAGAAGUCCACUGAGCAGGAAGAUCGACCGGCCAAGCGGGCAAAAGAAAGAGGCGACAGGCUUGGCAGCAGGGACAAAGCCAAAGGCAGGUCCCUCCCACAAAGAGAGGCUACGACGAAAGAGAACUACACCAAGUUCUCCAUCCCCAUACAUCAAAUUUUAGCCCAAGUGAAGGACAAACCUUGGGUAAAAAGACCGCUACCCUUGAAAGGAGAUCCGGGCAAGAAGGAUACUAGAAAAGAUUGUGUCUUCCAUGCGACACAUGGGCACAAUACGAAUAAUUGCUUUGCUUGGAAAGCGCAUCUCGAAGAACUCGUGAGAGAAGGUCAUUGCAUGGAGUUCAUCGCGAAGCAGGCCAUCCAGCAGAUAGAAGACCGUGAUACCGCUAAGGAGCCACCCCCGAAGGUCAUAAGGAUUAACACAAUCCUAGCCGACUCCGAGGAGUCCGGACUGACCAACAAAGAAAAGAAGAGGAAGAUCAAACAGGCUACUAUGAUCUCCCAAGUCCCAACUAGCCUCUCACUGGCAGAAGACGAUCUCGUGAUCAGCUUUCAAAAGAAAGACUUAAUCGGCCUUGAUCUACCGCACAACGACGCCCUUGUCAUCAGCAUUCAAAUCACUUAG